AUGGGCCUAGCUCUGGCCUCUCCGCAGUCCACUAGCUACCUGCCGCCGGCACCUGUUAAGGAUCUGUCCAGCCAGAGGUUACCCGUACAGCAGAGCUAUCAGAGCUUCCAGCAGCCGCAGCAGCCGCAGCAGCGCAUCGCACAGAUUGAAUCCAUCCGGCCAUCCAUAUCGCUGGGCAGCUUUACCAUUCAAAAUGGUGGCCAGUUAGGCUUCAUCAGUCAAGCACCAGCUGGCGCUGCCAUCAGCUAUGAGACACCUCAAACAAUUGUGGCCACAGAGACGCCACCGAGGAGCACCUAUUCGGGGUCAGCAGUUGCCGCGCAGCCCGCGGCAGCUGUUGAGCAAACAGUCACCGCACCAGUUGCUGCUCCAGUUGCUCAACAAACCUACUCUGCUCCAGCUCCAGUGGUUCAGCAAACCUACUCUGCUCCAGCUCAGACGGUUCAGCAAACGUACUCCGCCCCGGGUCCAGCUCCAACGGUUCAACAGACGUACUCCUCUCCAGCUCCAAUUGUUCAGCAAACCUACUCUGCUUCAGCUCCAGUAGUUCAGCAAACAUACUCUGCUUCAGCUCCAACGGUUCAGCAAACGUACUUCGCCCCAGGACCAGGUGGUCAGCAGACUUACUCCGCUCCAGCUCCAACGGUUCAGAAAACCUACUCCGCUCCAGCUUCAGUGGUUCAGCAAACCUACUCUGCACCUGCUCCCGUUGCUCAGCAAUCUUACUCCACUCCAGCUGCAGCUCUAGUGGUUCAGCAAACAUAUUCCGCACCAGCUCAGAUGUUUCAACAGAGUCAGGCGAUUGCAGCGCCCGCUCCAGUUGUCCAGGAUACCUACUCCGCUCCAGCUAGCACGCCAGCUGCUCAGCAAACUGUGAUCCAGGAGAGCAACGCGAUUACGGCAUCCGCUCCUGUGGGGCAGCAGACAUAUGCCGCCCCAGCUCCUGCGGUUCAGCAAACAUACGCUGCGCCAGCACCGGCUCCCGCUUCGUCUCCCGUAUCGGCUCCGACGCCAGUGGCUCAACAAGUACAAGAGACAUUUUUUGUAGCUGCACCCGUGCAACAGAGCCAAUACAGUGGCUACAGCUAUCAGGCACCAGCUCCGGUUGCCGCGCCAGUUGCUGAACUGUCCACUGCCAGCUACAGUGCACCCGAGAUUAAUUCUGCCCCGGCACCCGUGCAGUUCCAGGCACAGCAGCAACAGCAGCAGAUCUACACCACAACGGCUCAGGCUCAAGUUGACGCUCCGCUGCAAUUGCAGCAAUCGUUUGUGCCAGCCCCACCCACUGCUGUCCAGUCCGUCGAGCAGUUGACCAGCCCCACUUACAGCUACACACCCGCCAUUGCCCAGCAGCAGCAGCAGCAGCAUGUGACCUACACACGGCCCGUGUCCACGACCGUUCUGCAGGCGACUCCAACCUCAGCUUUGGCGACCAGCUCACUGAUCAGCAGCACGGCUGGUCUCCCAGCCGUCGGCUCGGAGAUUGGCACCAACUAUGCCAGCAACGGUGGCUACGUCUACGAGAGGACGAAGUAA